AUGAGUAGUUUGAAGGAUACGGAGUUAUUAGAUCGAUUAAAAAGAUUAGAAGAUAAGUGUUUUAAUCGACGUGCGAAAAAGCGUCCACGUGUGGUGCGACCGUUAUCCUCCAGCUCUGAGUCAGAGAAUGAAGAGUACAGCGGACCAACUAUUUCCCCUUCGUUACGUGACGAGCCGUCAACACAUAGUCGUUGGCAUCUAGAAAACUUUACAGAGCCGGCAGAGAGAAAUUUGAAUCUCGAAUCAAGUUCCGAACGACAAAGCGAAAUCGUGGUACUCAUUGACCAAGAUGUCGAUUCGGAUGAUGAAAUCCUUUUUUGUCUUGGCAAAGACCCUAAAAAUACAAGCGCCGUAGAACAUGCUUUACAUCCGGAAUUGGCAGCUCGCUGGAAUAUUUGGUUAUCGGAGGGCAUCCCAGAAGAAUCCAAAAAAGAACUAAUAGGAAAGUACAGCGUCAAAGGAAACUGUAAAUUAAGUUCCCCUAAGCUAAAUGCCGAAUUGGAAACGCAUCUUGCAGAAUCUGCAAAAAGAAGAGACGUUCACUUCGUGGACACCCAAAAUCUCAUUGGCAAAGCAAUGGCGGCAUUAGGCUCCGCGAUCACAAUAUUGUUUAAAAACAAAGAGGAGGGAGUGGACAGGCUCCAGCUACUGGAAACCCUUUGUGAUACUGGCAAAUUGAUGGCUGAGGUUCACCACAACCAAUCGUUAGCCCGUAGGGCGUUCAUCUCUCCAGGACUAGAAAGAAACAUUAAACCAAUCUUGGAAAGAAACAAAAUAGACGACUUUUUGUUUGGGAGCAACUUAUCCCAAAAAGUUGAUGAAGCAAAAGCUAUUCAGAAGAAUAGUUUGCUCUUUAUUAACAAUAAAAAGAAUCCCCAACAACGAAUUAGCAAAAAUUUAAACUGGAAAAGCCCACCUGUUCGACGCAACAAUCAAUCAAGGGACAGUCAGGUGGGCUUCAAGACACAGACCUACAAGAACAACGCAAGCUUCCCUUAUCCAUCGAGAACAAAGACCAUGCCGUAUCCCAAAAGCAACCACGUGCGUUACCAGGUAGAAAAAAGGACACACCGUCAAUAUCGUCGUUGAAGGUAACGAAAAUAGCAGGAAACCUAAAGAAUUUUAUAACCCAAUGGAAAAAAUUAACUUCCGAUGAUUUUGUAAUCUCCUGUAUUUCGGGUUAUAGAAUUCCUUUUGCGAGACCUGCAAAUCAAUUAGCGUCUCCUGUUGAACCUAAAUGGUCAACAACCGACUAUGCAAAUAUAAUGUUAAGUGUUAGAAAAUUAUUAGAUUGUGUGGCAAUAGAACCUUGCAAAACCGAGAGGGAUCAAUUUAUUUCCAGUUAUUUUUUAGUACCAAAACCAGACGGCAGCAAACGCUUUAUACUAAAUUUAAAACAACUAAAUACUUUCAUUGAUACAGAUCAUUUUAAAAUGGAGGACAUUCGUACUGUAUCAAAAUUACUAUCCCCGGGUGAUUUUCUAGGUUCUAUUGACUUACAAGAUGCAUAUUAUAUGGUACCAAUACAUUUAGAUAGCAGAAAAUAUUUAAGGUUUAGUGUUUCGGGGAAUCUUUAUCAGUUUUGUUGCCUACCUUUUGGGCUAGCCACCAGCCCCUAUGUAUUCACAAAAAUAGUAAAGCCCAUAGUCACUAAGUUGAGAACAGAUGGAUAUAUCUCCACAAUUUAUCUGGACGACCUGUUAUGUUUUGGAAAUUCUUUUAUCAAAUGUUUACAAAAUCUAGAAGCCUCAGUGUCUAUCUUUUUAAGUUUAGGUUUUAUAAUUAACUACCAAAAAAGCAAUUUAAUACCUAAAAAGCAAUGUCAAUUUUUGGGGUUUCUCAUUGAUAGCGAAAAAUUUUGUUUAAGCGUGCCCAAGAAAAAGAUAGCAAAGUUGAGUAUAACUUUAAAGAAAUUUUGUCAUAAAAAAUCAUCCACCAUUAGGGAAUUUGCUAGUUUACUUGGUUCACUGGUAGCCGUUUGUCCGGGGGUUGCAGAUGGUUGGAUCUAUUGUAAAUAUUUUGAGAGAGAAAAGUUCCUUGCCUUAACGUUAAACAAUGGAGAUUAUAAUGCAACGAUGAAGAUCACAAAAAACUUGACACCAGAAUUUCUGUGGUGGUUAAAGAAUUUACCCUUAGCUUGUAACCCCAUCAAGAAAUUUACAUUUAAAAGAGAAAUUUUCUCAGACGCGUCAUUAUCAGGGUGGGGUAUAUUUUGUAGUAGUCAAAGAUCUUCGGGCUUCUGGAAUGAAGAUGAACGGAAAUAUCACAUCAAUUACUUAGAGCUUUUAGCUGUUUUUCUUGCAUUAAAAUGCUUUGCAAGGUCUUUAACCGAGUGUGAAAAGCUUUUUAUAGAUUUCUUAGAAUAGAAUUGUUUAAGUUGAAAAUGUGAUUAGAGUUAUUUCU